AUGCACUCCCUGGACGGCCAACUCACCCCCGAGGGGGCCCUGGCUUUGUCGAAGUCGAAUUUAGUUUUGCUGCAGAGCUUUGGGGGGCCCCCCCGAGUUGCUGCAGGGGGGGCCCCCCUGGAGGUGCCGCGUGUGCUGCGGCUGCGGGACGCGGCGACAGGGGAGCUGCUGCUGCUGCAGCAGCAGGGCGCUGCAGCAGGGCCGGGCGCAGCAGCAGCAGCAGCAGCAGCAGCAGCAGCAGCAGCAGGCAGCAGCAGGUUCCAACUCGUCGAAGACAAACUGCUGCCAACCAUCAAUGCAGACACUUGCGAAAAAGAUGCAACUUAUCAAGUUGUUGUCCCAAGUCCCUUAGUCUUCAGAUGGGACUUGAACUUAUCCCCCAACCCUGCUGCUGCUGCUGCUGCUGCUGCGGAGGCCGACGAGGACCCAGCAGCAGCAGCAGCAGCAGCAGCAGCAGCAGCAGCAGCAGCAAAGGUCAAGGGCCCCGCAGCACCUUCUCUCGUGCUGCACCUCGGAGAUGAUGUGGGCAUUGGGGCUCGAGACAGAGACUUUCGAAAACCCCAAAAAGGGGACUCCGCAAUUCCAGUCCACAGGGCCGACAUUGUCUGGGCCUUCAAGGGCACUGCCCAGCCCAAGGUGCCUGCUGCUGCUGCUGCUGCUGCUGCUGCUGCUGCUGCUGCUGCUGGGGGUGCUGCUGGGGGUGCUGGGGGUGCUGCUGCUGGGGGUGCUGCUGCGGGUGCCGCUGCUGAGCGUGCUGGGGUCGCGGGCGCGCGUUUCGCUUCUGAAGCAGCAGCAGGAGCGUUGGGCUCGGGGCGCUUUUUCGCGUCUGGAGCCGAAGCCGGUGCCCCCGCUGCUGCUGCUGCUGCUGCUGCUGCUGCUGCUGCUCGUGUUUUCGUGCAGCAAUGGACCUUCAACACUAUGACAAACCCCAUUCGAGACCCCUUUUUCUCCCCCAAGGCCCGGCUGCACUCGGGCUUUAGCUUUUUAUUUCACCAAGUGCUGCGGCGGCCUUUGACGCGCUUCGUGAGCGAGAUGAAGACCCUCUUGAAGCGCCGCCGCCGCAGCAGCAGCAGCAGCAGCAGCAGCAGCGGCAGCAGCAGCAGCAGCAGCAGCGGGAGCAAGAGGCCGCUGGUGGUUGUGUUCACGGGCCACUCGCAGGGGGGGGCCAGCGCCUCACUUGCUGCUUGGUUUGUCUCCAAACAUUUGAAAAAACAAAUCCAAAAAGGAAGAGUGGUUAUUUACUGCAUCACUUUUGCUGCUCCCCUGAUUGGAGACCGCGCAGCAAUAAAGGAGCUGCAGCGCCACGGGGCCAUCUUUCAGCACUUAGUUGUUGAUGUGGAUCCAGUCCCCGAUUUGCGGCAGGCCAAGGGGAAGGCCUACAUGGAAAAGGACUACGAACACACCAUCACCGAGGUGCGGGAGGAGCCCUCGGGGCGUUUGCUGUUUAGCGGGCUGAGUUGGCUGGGGGCGGAGUACCGCAGCAGCAGCAAACGGGCGCGGCUGCUGCAGUUUGCUGCUGGGCUGCUGGGGCUGCAGCAGCUGCGGCGCUUCAGCAACAGCAUGGCUCUUGUCUGGACCCACAUGCAUGCGCUGCCCUGCGCCCUCACGCUGCUGGCGGGGCUGCUGCAGCAAAUCAAGUGGAGCAGCUUCUGCAGCAGCGCCUUCCUCCGCACCUGGGGCGGCAGGCCCUACGUCGCCAGCCAGGAGCUAGACAUGGCGCUGAAGGAAGCCUGGUUUAGUGGGCUGCUGCCGAUGGGGGCGCUGCUGGACCGGAAACUAAAAAGAGAUCCGAAGUUUCUUGAGCGAGCAGCAGCAGAAGUGGAGCGUCUUUACCAGAGGGUCCCGCAGGAGCAGCAGCUGCAGCACCAGCUGCAGCAGCAGCUGCAGCUGCAGCAGCAGGAGCAGCAGGAGCAGCAGCUGCAGCAGCGGCAGCAGCAGCGGCAGCAGCAGCGGCGGCGGCGCCAGUUCGGAAGAGCUCACUGA